AUGUUCUGUAGAGAUGAUCAGACAUUUCUCUGUCUGUUCUGCUCUGAGAUUGGACACAAAACUCACAACACUGUUCCAAUAGAACAAGAGAGUGGAGACAGGAGGACUCAGCUAAAAAAGACACAGGCAGAAGUCCGGAUGAUGAUCCAGGAUAGAGAAAAGAAGACUGAGGAGAUAAAAAGCUCAGUAAAGGCAAACGAGAAAAACAAUGUCAAAAUCUUCACUCAUCUGAUCCACACCCUUGAGAGAUGUCAGUCUGAGCUGCUUAUGGUGACGGAGCAGAAGCAGAAAGCAGCAGAGAAGCAGGCUGAAGAGCUAAUUGAAGAGCUGGAGCAAGAAAUCGCUGAGUUAAAGAGGAGAGACACUAAGCUAGAGAAGCUACAACACACUGAGGAUGACCUCCACCUCCUACAGACUUCAUCAUCUGUGUGCAUCCCUCCACAAGUCAAGUCAUGGACCAACAUCAGCAUUGAUCUGAACACUGAUCUGAACACAGAAACCUUUGAGAAAGCAAUCCAGAGCCUUCAGGAAAAUGUUGUAACUGAACUUAACAGAUUAUUUGAAAUCAUCCAUUGUCCACACAACUUCUCUUUACCAACACAUGAGUCUACUGCAGCAAUGCUUGAAGAGAAUACUGAACUAAACUCAACUGCCAAAGGGAUAUUUGUAUUUGGUGGCAGUAAUGCAGGCUCUGAGCCUAAAAUUUCCUCAGUGAAAGAGAACAAUGAUGCACCAGUUACUGUUAGCACGCAGCAUGCCACCAUGUCAGAGCUUUUAAAUGCUAAAACAAGCAUAGUUCUGAAAGAAAGCAAAACUGACUUGGAUAAAUCUACACUGGGAAAAAUGGACAGUAGCACUCACUCACCAAAGAAAGCAGGAAAAAUUAAUAAACCAGUUAAGAUCCCAGGCAUUGAUCUGAGAACAAUGCAAAAACUUUAUGCAGUGGAUAUGCUUUUUGAUUUUAACACAGCUUACCCUAAGCUCAUCCUGUCUAAGGAUGGGAAGCAAGUGAAGCAUGGAGGAAUCUGGAGAGAUGUUCCCAACAACACUGAGAGAUUUAACUCCUCUGCUUGUGUCCUGGGAAGGGAUGGGUUUUCCUGUGGAAGAUUUUACUAUGAAGUCCAAGUCAGUGACAAACCUGAAUGGGACUUGGGUGUGGCUGCUGAGUCCAUUGAGAGAAAGGGCAAAAUAACAGUUUGUCCAGAGAAUGGAUUUUGGUGUAUAUGGCUAAGAAAUGGGGAUAAAUACAUGGCUAAUGAAUCCUUUCCUGUUUCCCUUUCCUUGAGAGAGAAGCCCCAGAAGGUAGGAGUGUUUGUGGAUUAUGAGGAGGGUCUGGUCUCCUUCUACAAUGUGGCGACUAAGUCUCAUAUCUACUCUUUCAGUGGUCAGUCUUUCACAGAGAAGCUCUAUCCAUUUUUCAGCCCUUGCAACAAAAGAGGAGAAGAGAACACAAAGCCUCUGAUAAUAUCAACUGUCAGUCAUUACUAA